AUGUCGAGCAUAGAAUUGCAACGGUCCUUUCCGGCGGGCCUUCCCUCGGCCGAAAUUGAGCCUCUAUCUACUAAAGCCAUCAUAAAAGCACUAUCGUUAGAACCUCAUAUCGAAGGUGGAUAUUUUGUCGAAACAGAUCGUGAUCCUCUUCUCAUACCUUCCCCAUUCCCCCCAACCCCAGCAUCGUCUCUCGUGCCGCAGAGGCCCGGCUUCGACCCGGCCCACCGCAACGCCUCGACCACCAUAUUCUACUACCUGACCCCCCAGUCGCCCCAGGGCAACUUCCACCGCAACCGCGGCAGGACUGUACACACCCUCCACCGCGGCCGCGGCGUCUACGUGCUCAUACACGCCGACGAGCCCGACCUGCCCGGCGGCGGCGGCGGGAAGCGCAUCGAGACGUUCAUCGUCGGGCCGGACGUCGCCAACGGCGAGAAGCUGCAGUGGAUCGUCGAGGGGGGCAAGUACAAAGCUAGCUUCUUGCUUCCGGACGACGCUAGCGCUAGCGCUGGUGGUGAUGGUGAUGGUGAGGAUAAGGAAAAGGAGAAGACGAGUGGCGGGCUUUUGAUCUCCGAGACGGUUGUUCCCGGUUUCGAGUUCUGCGAUCACGACUUCUUGCGCGCGGAGGAGUUUCGAAGGCUGGUUACUCCCGAGAAGGCGGAAGAAUUGGCUUGGCUGGUGAGGAAGGCUUAAGCGACGGUGUAGAGAGACAAUCUGGGCUGAAAGACCUAGAUUAUGAUGUGGAAAUGAAUUAACGAGAAAUCGGAUAUUACGAGUAUAACUUAUUAUCAUAACUUAUUCGAAUGGCCAGUUGAGUAUUGUGUUCAAGGCUUGGCUCUCCUAUUCCCAUUUUCUGCUACUCUAUGCUUCCUUUCCUCUUAAUUCUUGCAUCCGCUUAUACGUACCUAAACACACUAUGAUCACUACCUUAUGCUACAGAAAUUGCAAGCUAACAUUUCCGUAUAAGAUAUAUUACAAGAUUUGGGCAUCACUUCUAAUAUAUUAAUAGAUUAAGAAUAUUAGCGAAAGAACCAACAAUAUAGCAGUACAGAUGUGACGCGACGUGACAU